AUGAAGGGCUACCAUGUGAGUCGCAGCCUAUCGCAGCACUCAUCCGGGCCAUGUCACUGCAUGCCCGAGGACUGCGAUACCACCCAGGACUACCUGCGCCAUACCGACCACCCAUACUACCCACCCGGUGGUCCGCCUGAGCCCCUGGCACUGCCACCGUCUGGAGGAGGAACAUUCCCACGCUCACAUGCCCCUCAGCAGCAGUCCUACGACUGUGAGGAAUGCCUGUCAUCAGCCGGACACGGGCACGGAUAUGGGCACCCAAAGAUGCACCGCAUCCCUCCUAACUUGUUGGAUCAGUUUGAAAAGCAGCUGCCCAUGCACCCAGAUGGCUUCCAUACACUGCAGUACCAGCAAUCGACCAGCAGCGAGCAGCGCAGCGAGAGUCCAAGCCGCAUCCGCCACUUGGUAAACUCGGUUCAGCGUCUCUUUGCCAAGUCCCAUUCCUUAGAGGCUCCAUCUAAGCGUGAGUUUAAUGGAUGCAGAGACCGCGACAGAGAGCGUGGACAACGUGGUGAGAAUGGCACAGGGCACCAGCAUCCAGGUACACAUCAGUCACGCUCAACACGCCGCAGUAAGAGCCGUGAGCGCAGCAAGAGUGGGGACUCGCGCCACGAUUCGAGACACCACUCACGACACAGGAGCAGGACAGCUGGCUGGUGGAGCUCUGACGACAACCUGGACAGCGACAGUAGUUUUCUGGUGCAUGGAGGCAGAGGAACAGGGCGAGGAUUGCCACCAAGUCAUGAGAUGCUUGACUCAGCCAUUCAGGAACUGACCCUAAAGAAGAGCAAGAGCUCCACUGCAGGAGAGUGCGUGGCCUGUAGCACCCUAGCCAGAGCAGGAGACAUUGGCCACUCUCUAAAAAGGAACACCUGGUCAGCCAUGACGGUCAGCCAAGCCAGAGAAGCAUAUCCUGCCACACGAGGAGGAGGAGGAUCAAGCUAUGAUAAGGCACUGGUGCCUCUGGAUAACAAGCUAAAAGAGCGCAACCUCCACUACCUACAGGUUCCUUCAGAUGAGUGGGGUGGAGGGGGCAUGUUGGAUAGUGGAGGAGAAAUCCCAUGCAGGCGUAUGCGCAGUGGCAGCUACAUUAAAGCCAUGGGUGACGAUGACAGCGCUGACUCAGACGGCAGUCCCAAAACCUCACCAAAACGCUCUCUUCUUGCUCAGAGAGAGGCCUUACGUCGCUCCAUCAGCAUGGACCAGCGCUCUUCGACCACAAAGUACUCAUGCAGACAGUGUACAGAUUCAUACCCCAACAGCCGCUCUACACUGAAAGGACACCCUCGAUCUCGUAGCUACACUCGCUCUCUGACCAGUUCACAGUUGGGAGAUACAUUGAACCGUCAGUUCAACUCAGUGUGUGAAAACAUGUUUGGAGAGACUGAGUCUCAGGCUGUGGAGGCUCUGGACCUGCCCGGCUGCUUCCGUACACGUAGCCACAGCUACGUCCGUGCCAUCCAAGCCGGCUGCUCCCAAGACGAUGACUGCUUGUCUGUGUUCUCCAUGUCUGGCCCACAGGGGAGUGUAAAAGGAGGAGCAGUGUUCCCAUAUAGGAAAGGCCCUCCUCCACUUCCACCACGCAUGUCCAAGCCUACAAUCUCAGUAACAGCACAAAGCAGUACUGAAUCCACUCAGGAUGCCUACUUCCAAAACACCGGCCAGCCUGGGCUGACCCAGCCCAAACAGCAUAGUAACUCUGUAGAUCUGACCGAAAGUUCCAAAGGGGGUUACUACCCAAGUGGAGGGGUAGCACGCAUCAGACAGAGCAGCAACUCCACAGAGAGUGUACCCCUUGAUGGCAGAACCUUGAGGGACUCUGGAUAUCCAGGAGGUACUGGAGCGAUGAGGCCAAAACACAGUGCUUCAGCCGAUAACCUACUAGAAGGGACAAGGAGUACUAGGGAGCGCACUGGAGGCAGCCUGGGCAAAUCUGCCUCUUUGCCUCAGACCAGCAUGGCACUGAGCAAGACAGGCAAGGGCACUGAUGAUCAGAGGCUGGAAAGCAAAGGCCGUAAAUGGAGACCAUCUAUAGCUGUGCAGGUGGACAGCUCAGAGACUCUCUCAGAUUCAGACACAGAGGGCAAAGCGCUGAGAGAGGUACACUCAAUCGGAGUUCAAGUGGAGGAUGAUAAGAGGCGAGCACGUUUUAAGCGGUCCAACAGCGUAACGGCGAGUGUACAGGCCGAUCUGGAGACAGAGGGUUUUGGAGUGUUAAGUGUGCCCACACAGGAUAAGAGUCUGCAAUUUGGCUGCUCUUUCCAACGCCACUCAUCAGAGCCUGAGUCUGAGUACCGCUCCACAGUACACACACAGGGGCAGUGGGCUUAUCGUGAACACUACCAUGGUGCCUACUCCACUGAGCCCUGUGGCAUGGAACUCAAGGCCCUUCCUCAUUCACAUUCUGAGCGAGCAGUGGCAAACUGGCAGGAGGGCCCGCGCAGCCUGCCCAACUCAGGCCGAGCUUCACCAUGCCUUAGAGAUGGAGAGUUCUUUCUGCGACUGCUGCAGACUGAGGUGGAGAGGAUGGAAGGAUGGUGCCAGAACAUGGAGAGAGAAGCAGAGGAGAAUGAGCUCCCAGAUGAUGUGCUGGAGCUGAUUAGAGCAGCAGUGGGCAGUGCACAGAUGCUCAUGUCCCAGAAGGUACAGCAGUUCUUCCGUAUGUGCCAGCAGAGCAUGGACUCAUCGGCAUACCCCCAGCCCACCACUCAAGAGCUAGCCAGCUUCUGGGACCUGCUGCAACUGGCCAUCGAGGAUGUGCGUGUGAAGUUUCAGGAUCUUCAGCUGAUCAAAGAAUCAGGCUGGAGAGUACCACCUGAGAAGAAGGAAGACAAGAAGCUUCCUCCUCCGUUACCAAAGAAGCCGGCGGGUGGUGUGACCGGGAGUCUGCGGGCAGAAAGCAUGUCUGAGACAGGGGCAGGAAACAGCAGUGGCAUGCUGUUGGUCUCUCGCAGCCGAGGUGUGCCCGUUCCUUUACCCUUGAGGGAGAAAUCCCUAGAGCUGGGUGAGCGGCAAAGGCAGGAAGCAAGGCGGAGGCUCCUCCAGGCGGGUCCCAAGCGAGCUGCUUCUUUUCGCCAGAACUCGGCCACGGAGAGUGCAGACAGCAUCGAGAUCUUCAUCCCCGAAGCUCAGACCAGACUCUGA